AUGACACCUUUUGCUGUCCUUUGUCUAUCAAUUGCUGUGGUUGAAUCCCUGGCAGGAAUUCUAGGAAAUGGAAUUAUCUUGGCUGCCAGUUCAUCGACCUGCAUUGGGAGCAAGACAUGGUCCCAGUAUGAUAUGAUCAUGAGCUCACUGAGUUCAUCUAGAUUAAUUCUGCAGUUAUGGGCUACACUGGAUUUUUUAAUAAGUAUAUUUUAUGAGCCCAUCUUUUAUAAAGGAAACAUGUACAUAGUUUCCGAGACAAUUCAUUUCUUCAUCUGGCUGAAGCUAAGAAUUGCCAGGCUGGUGCCCUGGAUGCUGCUCACAUCAUGGCUCUGCUCCUUCACAGCUGCACUUCCCUUUGCCUGGGAUGUCUACAGCGUGCACGAGAACAUCACUGCUCUUCUACCCAUGACAAACUGUUCAGCAAGGAGAACCACAUGGAAUGACAGUUUGGGUUUAUUAAUUCUCCUCUGUAAUGCCAGUAUUGGUCUGCCUUUAAUGUUGUCUGUUGUUUCAAAUAUCCUGUUGAUUCGGUCUUUGUGGAUACACACUAGACACAUGCAAAAUAAUGCAAGUGGCUUUGGGGAUCCCAGCUUAGAGGCCCAUAUGAAAGCCAUCAAGUCAGUUUUUUCCUUCCUUAUCCUUUACAUCAUAUUUUUUAUUUGUGUGCUUAUCAUUGUAUUCAAUGCUUUUUUACCUUUAAGCAAUGGAGAUUCAAUCUUUGUGGUUUUAAUGGCUGCCUGCCCUACAGCACACACAUUCGUCUUAAUUUGGAGCAAUCCAAAAUUUCAAGAGUUGCCAGCGAGGAUUUGGCAACACAUUAAGUGUCAUGUCAUAACUGCUUCCAUGUAAAAGACAGUGACUUAGCCUGCACUCUCUAGUUUAGAUCCAAAUCAAUUAAAUUGAAAUCAUCAGCGGUAUAAAUAAGAUAUGCUGGAAUGAGGAGAUUAGAACCUU